AUGAAGAGAUUAAAAGCAUAUGUUUUGUGCAUUGUAGGUUGUUACGAGUGCUGCAUGCGAUGUCUGGGAGGCAUACCCUACACGUCCGUGGUGGCAACUCUCCUCUGCUUCUCUGGCAUCGCACUGUUCUGUGGCUGUGGGCACCAGGCGCUCACGGAGACCGAGAGGCUUAUCGAGACCUACUUCGCCCGCAACCUGCAGGACUAUAUCACUCUAGCCUACAUUAUUGAAUAUUUCCAGUAUGUUAUCUAUGGCCUGGCCAGCUUUUUCUUUCUCUACUGCAUUGCACUGCUGGCUGAAGGCUUUUACACAACCAGCGUGGCAAAGCAAACGUUUGGGGAGUUCAGGAGCACUGUGUGCGGCCGCUGUCUCAGUACAACGUUCAUUGUGAUCACGUACUUCUUGGCCGUCAUCUGGCUGCUGGUCUUUGCUUUCUCUGCACUUCCUGUCUACUUCUUCUACAACAUGGCUGCGACCUGUCGCACUAUCGACUUUCUCUCCGAGACACCCUCAAGCAUUAACCAGCUGUGCAUGGAUGCCAGACAGUUUGGUUUACUUCCAUGGAACACAGUGCCAGGAAAGGCUUGUGGAAUGACCUUGUCCAACGUAUGCAAAACAAGGGAGUUUUUCCUGACCUAUGACCUCUACAUUGCUGCCUUCGCUGGAGCGGGGAUUACAUUAUUGGCUCUGCUCACAUACACAGUCUCCACUACCUAUAAUUUCGCUGUCCUACGUUAUCUGGGGAGGAAAGGCUUAGCCGCACGGUGUUAAAGCUCUCUGUCGUUUCCUGCAAUCCAUGCUGGUUCUGUCCGCUGUGCACCGUAUGGAAGGACAGAAGACAUUUCUUCACCUACCUGUUCAACACCUCAGUUUCUCCUUAAGACUUUUCUUCCUGUCUGACUGACACACUUUAUAGUAGGCCAACUGAGUUUUAGUCCAGCAGGGCAGUGAUGUAAAUCUGAACCCUGGGAGGCUAGUAGACGUUGUUCUGGAGGCAGGACAGACUAUUUGAUGACCGUUGAUUGUAACACUGCUUCACUGUGUGAUUAUUGUGCCCCAAUUCUCAGACAUGCUGUCUUGUCUUAAUAGUGCCGCCUUUUUUUUUUUUCCCUUCCCUGAUGGACAAAUGACUCAGUUGGACAGGAAACAUAGAGAUGUGUUCGGUAGAGGAUUCGUGUAAUCUUCAUUCUUUUUUUUUUUCCUCUCUCUCUCUCGCUAUUGGUUUAAUAUAUCGUUUGCUGUUUAUAUUUUGUGAUUUGAACAAUUUCUAUACACGUGCCUACAUCCCUUGCUUACAAGCUAUGGGAUGUUAGUUUUCCCAUCCUGUCAAUCCCAUCCAACAUGGAUGAUCUAGUGUUACUCUGUAGUUGAAUAGCCAAUUUAUUUUAUUUUAUUAUUUUUUAUAUUUGAUAACAUUUUGUUUUAGUUAUCAGAAAUAACUGAUUUAAAAAGUCAUCCUGUGAGAACCUGAAAAGCUAUUAUUAUUUUGCCUUUUUUAAUAUUAUUGUUGUUAGGUUUUUUUCUUUCUUUCUUUCUUUCAUUUUGGCUUGGGAUGGACUAGCAUGUUACUAUGGUGAUGAUCUUUCACAUCUGGUCACCAUGGUGUCCAGACAUGCCAAUAUGGACUGACUUGCUGUGACCUCAGCACUUUUCUCACAGUCCAGAGAAUAAUAGUCCGGAGUCAAGCCCGGCUUUGAGACGAACAUUGAUUUGAAACUAGAGGGGUGGAUGAGCAUCCAUCAGACCCGUCAGCUCGGAUAAACACAAAGCUUAAACCAUGAGCAAACAACCUUUAUAAAUCCUUCAGUCAAGCAGACGACAGUCUGGGCAUGAACCAUGAACCUGCACUGAAAAGAAACGAGCCAACCUGGCGUUUCCUCAGUAUUUUACUUGGGCAUUUGUGGUGCUAUGUGACACCUGCGUCAGUCUUGCAUCAGAUUUUUAUAUAUAUAUAUAUAUUUGUCCAUUUGAAAGUGAUUUGGCGAACAUUUCCACUAUUUAAACCGUGAUGAUUUCGUAGGACCUGAUGGGUGCUCGGUCUCCCCCUAGUGUCAGUCAAGCUAAAUGCACAUUUCUGCUUUUCCAUCUGAAAAACAGCUGAAUUUGUGUUUAUCCCUGUAACUAUCAGGAGAAAUUAGUAGUUAUGAUGUAACAAUUAUUUUAGCUAGAUUAUUAUUUUUUUGACUAAUCCUUAUUCACACUUUACGUGUCAAAUUGUUGUUUCAUGCUACUAGCAAUAUUUGUUAGAAGUGUUUAAGUCAUAUGGCGAGUGCUUUUUUUUUUUUUUUUUUUUUUUUUUUUUUUUGCGGGGGUGGUAAUAAAUAAAAGAAACCAGAAGAAGCGAGAAAGGAGCUUCCGUAAGAAAUAUGUAUAGAUCCAUCAGUGUUUGUGUAGAGGAUGUGGAGAGUUUCUUUUUUCUCUUUGGCAGAUUCACUGUCCUCUGCACCUGGCCAAGUGGCAGAUUCUGCAGAGAGACAAGCGAUACAGAGCAAAAGAGGAGAAGAACGAGGUGCUGUUCAGCAGGAUAUGGAAAUGUCACAGUGGCAGUAUCAGUUCUCCUUACGCCCC